AAGGCUCGCGUGGAAGUUCAGAGAAGCGACAACAGAGAGGGACUUUGAGAUGCUUCUGCUUUGAAAAAAAAAAAAAAAAAACUUAAAGAAAUACUAUUGAAUUACUUAAAUUUUAGUCUCACACCUUUGUGCUCGGGAGUUUUUAUUCAGCUCGGGCUGAGAGACGAAGCGAAGAAGAUGAAGUACAUUAUAGGAAUUGGCGGAGUGACCAACGGUGGUAAAACCACUCUGACAAACAAACUUAUCAAGACUCUGCCCAACUGCUGUGUUGUGCACCAAGAUGACUUUUUCAAGAAACCCGAUCUAAUAGAAGUCGGGGAGGACGGCUUUAGACAAUGGGAUGUGAUCACAGCUUUGGACAUGGAGGCGAUGACCAACACGAUAAAGGGCUGGAUAGAGAACCCAGUGAAAUUUGCUCGCUCCCAUGGCGUCGCCCUGUCUUCCGUUCCUGAUGUGGCCAUCCCUGAUGAGCAGAUCCACAUCCUGAUUGUGGAGGGCUUUCUGCUCUACAACUACCAACCCUUGCUGGAAGUCUUUGAUAAGUGCUUUUACAUCUCAAUACCAUAUGAGGAGUGCAAAAGAAGGAGAAGUACGAGGCAGUACACUGUUCCCGACCCUCCCGGUCUGUUUGAUGGCCAUGUGUGGCCCAUGUACCUGAAGCACAGGAAACAGAUGGAGGACUGUGGUUUAAGUAUAGACUACCUGGACGGUUUGAAAUCCAAAGAGGACAUCUACAACCAGGUGUAUGAGGACCUUCAGAACAACCUGCUCAAUGGCUUAUAGCGAAUGGAGUCCUUUUCCCACCUGUAAAGACUUUGUAAAUACCCUCUAUGUUUCUUUUAUGUGAAGUUUAACUAUUGGUUUGUAAAAAUAAACAAUGUUAAAUUAUCUUUUUAUUUUUUUAAUUUUAUCUAAUGAAUAUUUUGGUUUGUUUUCUAUACUAAAUGAUCAGACUGUUUGCAUUUUGACAUUAAAGCGUUAACUGCUGCAAAGGUGCAGCACAUCAUA